AUGGAAGCGGUGCUUAAGAGAUUAAGUUCCGAGAUUGAGAAGGUACAGGGGCUGCAAAAGGAACUACAGAAGUGUUUCCAAGCACACAGACAGUUGUCUGCACAAUUAUCAGAGAAUGAAAAUGUGAAAGAAGACCUUACUCACUUGAAUGAAUCCAAUAAUGUGUUCAAGGUAGUCGGCCCUCUGCUCCUGAAACAAGAUCUCUCCGAAGCAAAAGAUACAGUUAAUAAGAGAAUAUCGUUUAUUACUGCAGAACUAAAAAGACAGGAUGAGCGGAUUAAAGAACUGGAAAAACAACAAGAAGGUUGCAGAGAGCAAAUCACUAAGCUUCAACAGCGUUUACAACAGGAACAAACAAAAGCUGCAUUGAAGGCCUAA